CAUGCUCAGUGGCCUCUCGACAAGUUGGCAGCAACAACACGGCCCUGGUCGUCGUCGCCGCUGCCGUAACGGAGCGGUUUGGGUGGCGGAGCCUGAGUUCGCGCCCUCCCGCUCUCCUCGGGAGGCCCUUCCUGCUCUCCCCUAGGCUCCGCGGCCGCCCAGGGGGUGGGAGCGGGUGAGGGGAGCCAGGCGCCCAGCGAGAGAGGCCCCCCGCCGCGGGGCGGCCCGGGAGCUCGAGGCGGUCCUGCCCGCGCGGGCAGCGGCGCGGCGCUGAGGAGGGGCGGCCUGGCCAGGACGCCUCGGGGCGGGGGCCGAGGAGCUCUCCGGGCCGCCGGGGAAAGCUACGGGCCCGGCGCGUCCGCGGACCAGCAGCGGCGGGAGAGCGGACUCCCCUCGCCACCGCCCGAGCCCAGGUUAUCCUGAAUACAUGUCUAACAAUUUGCCUUGCAACGUUAGCUGUUGUUUUUCACUGUUUCCAAAGGAUCAAAAUUGCUUCAGAAAUUGGAGACAUAUUUGAUUUAAAAGGAAAAACUUGAACAAAUGGACAAUAUGUCUAUUACGAAUACACCAACAAGUAAUGAUGCCUGUCUGAGCAUUGUGCAUAGUUUGAUGUGCCAUAGACAAGGUGGAGAGAGUGAAACAUUUGCAAAAAGAGCAAUUGAAAGUUUGGUAAAGAAGCUGAAGGAGAAAAAAGAUGAGUUGGAUUCUUUAAUAACAGCUAUAACUACAAAUGGAGCUCAUCCUAGUAAAUGUGUUACCAUACAGAGAACAUUGGAUGGGAGGCUUCAGGUGGCUGGCCGGAAAGGAUUUCCUCAUGUGAUCUAUGCCCGUCUCUGGAGGUGGCCUGAUCUUCACAAAAAUGAACUAAAACAUGUUAAAUAUUGUCAGUAUGCAUUUGACUUAAAAUGUGAUAGUGUCUGUGUGAAUCCAUAUCACUAUGAACGAGUUGUAUCACCUGGAAUUGAUCUCUCAGGAUUAACACUGCAGAGUAAUGCUCCAUCAAGUAUGAUGGUGAAGGAUGAAUAUGUGCAUGACUUUGAGGGACAGCCAUCGUUGUCCACUGAAGGACAUUCAAUUCAAACCAUCCAGCAUCCACCAAGUAAUCGUGCGUCGACGGAGACAUACAGCACCCCAGCUCUGUUAGCCCCAUCUGAGUCUAAUGCUACCAGCACUGCCAACUUUCCCAACAUUCCUGUGGCUUCCACAAGUCAGCCUGCCAGUAUACUGGGGGGCAGCCAUAGUGAAGGACUGUUGCAGAUAGCAUCAGGGCCUCAGCCAGGACAGCAGCAGAAUGGAUUUACUGGUCAGCCAGCUACUUACCAUCAUAACAGCACUACCACCUGGACUGGAAGUAGGACUGCACCAUACACACCUAAUUUGCCUCACCACCAAAACGGCCAUCUUCAGCACCACCCGCCUAUGCCGCCCCAUCCCGGACAUUACUGGCCUGUUCACAAUGAGCUUGCAUUCCAGCCUCCCAUUUCCAAUCAUCCUGCUCCUGAGUAUUGGUGUUCCAUUGCUUACUUUGAAAUGGAUGUUCAGGUAGGAGAGACAUUUAAGGUUCCUUCAAGCUGCCCUAUUGUUACUGUUGAUGGAUACGUGGACCCUUCUGGAGGAGAUCGCUUUUGUUUGGGUCAACUCUCCAAUGUCCACAGGACAGAAGCCAUUGAGAGAGCAAGGUUGCACAUAGGCAAAGGUGUGCAGUUGGAAUGUAAAGGUGAAGGUGAUGUUUGGGUCAGGUGCCUUAGCGACCACGCGGUCUUUGUACAGAGUUACUACUUAGACAGAGAAGCUGGGCGUGCACCUGGAGAUGCUGUUCAUAAGAUCUACCCAAGUGCAUAUAUAAAGGUCUUUGAUUUGCGUCAGUGUCAUCGACAGAUGCAGCAACAGGCGGCCACUGCACAAGCUGCAGCAGCUGCCCAGGCAGCAGCCGUGGCAGGAAAUAUCCCUGGCCCGGGAUCAGUAGGUGGAAUAGCUCCAGCUAUCAGUCUGUCAGCUGCUGCAGGAAUUGGUGUUGAUGACCUUCGUCGCUUAUGCAUACUCAGGAUGAGUUUUGUGAAAGGCUGGGGACCGGAUUACCCAAGACAGAGCAUCAAAGAAACACCUUGCUGGAUUGAAAUUCACUUACACCGGGCCCUCCAGCUCCUAGACGAAGUACUUCACACCAUGCCGAUUGCAGACCCACAGCCUUUAGACUGAGGUCUUUUACCUUUGGGGCCCUUAACCUUAUCAGGAUGGUGGACUACAAAAUACAAUCCUGUUUAUAAUCUGAAGAUAUAUUUCACUUUUGUUCUGCUUUAUCUUUUCAUAAAGGGUUGAAAAUGUGUUUGCUGCCUUGCUCCUAGCAGACAGAAACUGGAUUAAAACAAUUUUUUUUUUCCUGUUCAGAACUUUUCAGGCAUGGCUCAGAGCUUGAAGAUUAGGAGAAACACAUUUUUAUUAAUUCUUCACCUGUUAUGUAUGAAGGAAUCAUUCCAGUGCUAGAAAAUUUAGCCCUUUAAAACGUCUUAGAGCCUUUUAUCUGCAGAACAUCGAUAUGUAUAUCAUUCUACAGAAUAAAUCCAGUAUUGCUGAUUUUAAAGGCAGAGAAGUUCUCAAAGUUAAUUCACCUAUAUUAUUUUGUGUACAAGUUGUUAUUGUUGAACAUACUUCAAAAAUAAUGUGCCAUGUGGGUGAGUUAAUUUUACCAAGAGUAACUUUACUCUGUGUUUAAAAAGUAAGUUAAUAAUGUAUUGUAAUCUUUCAUCCAAAAUAUUUUUUGCAAGUUAUAUUAGUGAAGAUGAUUUCAAUUCAGAUUGUCUUGCAACUUCAGUUUUAUUUUUGCCAAGGCAAAAAACUCUCUCAUCUGUGUGUAUAUUGAGAAUCCCUUAAAAUUACCAGACAAAAAAAGUCAUUUAAAAUUACAUUUGUUAUUCCUAAUGGAUGACUCUUUAUGAAGAAGUAUACUUUUCCCCUGUUAAACAGUAGUUGUAUUCUUUGUAUUUCUAGGCACAAGGUUGGUUGCUAAGAAGCCUAUAAGAGGAAUUUCCUUUCCUUCAUUCAUAGGGAAAGGUUUUGUAUUUUUUAAAACACUAAAAGCAGUGUCACUCUACGUAAUGUCUCACUGUUCUGCAAAGGUGGCAAUGCUUAAACUAAAUAAUGAAUAAACUGAAUAUUUUGGAAACUGCUAAAUUCUAUGUUAAAUACUGUGCAGAAUAAUGGAAACAUUACAGUUCAUAAUAGGUAGUUUGGAUAUUUUUGUACUUGAUUUGAUGUGACUUUUUUUGGUAUAAUGUUUAAAUCAUGUAUGUUAUGAUAUUGUUUAAAAUUCAGUUUUUGUAUCUUGGGGCAAGACUGCAAACUUUUUUAUAUCUUUUGGUUAUUCUAAGUCCUUUGACAUCAAUGAUCAUAUCAAUUGGCAGUGACUUUGUAUAGAGAAUUUAAGUAGAAAAGUUGCAGAUGUAUUGACUGUACCACAGACACAAUAUGUAUGCUUUUUACCUAGCUGGUAGCAUAAAUAAAACUGAAUCUCAACAUACAAA